UUUCAUUUCAUUCCGUUGGGUCGAGCGAUACAAUAUUAGUUCCGUGAUUGAUCAAUACCUAUAAUUGUUGAAGACAGAUCUAGCCUUCAGGAGCAUGCUGUCCCUGCUCCUGCUGGUCGCGGCGGUGUCCGCCGUGCCGCUAGAUCCACCUGAAAAGUGCGGAUAUGAGAGCUGCACGCAGGCCGAGGCAGGCGUGCUCAACGUGCACAUAGUGCCGCACACGCACGACGACGUCGGCUGGCUCAAGACCGUCGACCAGUACUACUACGGCAGCCGGAACAACAUCCAGAAGGCUGGUGUCCAGUACAUCAUUGACUCCGUGGUCAAGGAGCUAUGGGAGGACCCCAAGAGGAGAUUCAUGUACGUGGAAACCGCUUUCUUCUGGAAGUGGUGGACGCGGCAGUCGGACGACGUGAGGCACAAAGUCCAUACCCUGGUGCGGCAGGGUCGGCUGCAGUUCGUGGGCGGCGCUUGGAGCAUGAACGACGAGGCCGCCUCGCACUACCAGAGCACUGUGGACCAGUUUACUUGGGGACUGAGGAAACUGAACGAGACGUUCGGCUCAUGCGGCAUGCCCCGCGUUGGCUGGCAGAUUGAUCCGUUCGGUCACUCCCGCGAGUUCGCCUCGCUGCUUGCCGCCAUGGGCUACGACGGACUGUUCCUGGGCCGUAUUGACUACCAAGAUAAGAACGCCAGGCUCCACCAGAAGAGGAUGGAGAUGCUGUGGCGAGGGGACGAUGAUCUGGGUAAACCGUCUGAUAUCUUCACCGGCGUGUUAUACAACACGUACUCGCCGCCGCCGGGCUUCUGCUUCGACGUGCUGUGCAGCGACGAGCCCAUCGUCGACGACCCCGACUCGCCCAUGUACAACGUCGACGACCGAGUUGACACGUUCUUGGCCAUAUGCCGUAACAUGUCCGCGGGGUACAGAACCAAGAACAUUCUGGUAACGAUGGGAGAGGACUUUCAGUACCAGGACGCGGCCAUGUGGUACAAGAAUCUGGAUAAACUCAUCACAUACGCCAACCUGAAGGCGGGCAAGGAGGGUCUGCCUGUAAAGCUGUUCUACUCCACCCCCGAUUGCUACUUGAAGGCCGUUAAAGAUGCUGUGCCCAAGCUGCCCACAAAACAAGACGACUUCUUCCCGUACGCGAGCGACCCCACCGCCUACUGGACCGGCUACUUCACCUCGCGACCCACCACCAAGUUCCUGGAGAGGCAGGCCAACGAUUACUUGCAGAUGGUGAAGCACCUGCAGGUGCUGACUGGCCUGCCGGCGCACAACAAGUUCAUCAUCGACGAGCUCAAGAGCGCCGUCGGCGUGAUGCAGCACCACGACGCGAUAACGGGCACGGAGAAGCAGCACGUGACGCGCGACUACGAGCGAAUAGUCACCGCCGCGCUAGACGACGCCUCCAUACUCGCCGCGCAGGCUUUCAAUAAAAUCCUCCAGCCGAGCACCCACGUGGAGGCGACGUACACGUUCGCGCGCUGCCGACUCAACGAGUCCAGCUGCCACACCACCGAGCAGGCCGACACGUUCGUGGUAACGAUAUACAACCCGGUGGCGUGGAACACGAAGGAGCCGAUCCGCGUGCCGGUGCGCGAGGGCAGCUACAAGGUCGUCGCACCUAAUGGCGAUGAAAUUGACUCUCAACUUCUGGAGUUGCCGAAAUCCGUUACCUCCAUCCCCACGCGGACCUCCGAAGCCACGCACGAGCUGGUCUUCAUGGCGCACCUCCACCCCCUGGGCGUUAAGACUUUCUACGUCCAAAAGACUAAGAAGACCAAACGCCACGCUAAGAAAGACCGCGAAUACUACGAUAUCAACAACUACUGGAAGAAUAUUAAGACGAUAGAUAUAGCUAGCAUUGAUGCCGAAAAGUCUAUUGAUGCUGAUAAAUCUAGACCAAAAGAUCAAAUUCCUCUACCCGUAGCUAGCUCCAAGGAUGUAGGGUCAGUGAACAUGGAUGUGGAAGAUUUGGAGAUGCUGAAAGGCGAUGGCGUGAGGGUUGAGGGUUUGGAGAAGCUGGUGGAAGAGAAGACGAAGGUGCGGGGCGCGGGGAGGAACCUGGAGAAGCCCAGCUACCCCAGCCUCAGCGAGGAGGAGAUGAGGAUGCUGUCCGAUGAUCCCAUGCUGGUGGAGAGAUACCAGGAUUAUUAUUUGGAGAAUGAGUACCUAAAACUCCGCGUGGACAACAGCACCGGACAAGUAACGCACGUCAUCCAGGGCGAGGUAUCCACCAGCAUGCAGGUCGGCUUCUACUACUGGACCGGCGCCGUCGGCAACAACUCCAAGCCGGAGUACCGUUCUUCGGGCGCCUACAUAUUCCGACCACGAGAGACCAGCCCUAAGGCCCUCAGUUCGAAGCCUUCUAAGACCUUCAAGGGUCCCGUCGUCCAGGAGAUUAGGAUGGAAACGGAUGAGAACACCGCCAGCUCCAUACGUGUAUAUGUAGGCCUACCCUACAUCGAACAUGACUUUGUCAUCGGUCCGAUAGAUAUAUCGGACGAUAUUGGUAAGGAAUAUGUAGUAAGGUAUAACACCAAUGUUCUGAAUAACGGCAUCUUCUAUACUGACUCCAAUGGACGGCAGAUGCUGAAGAGGAAGUUAAAUGAGAGGCCGCAAUGGAAUCUGACGUUAGAAGAGCCCAUCGCUGGCAACUAUUACCCAGUCACCAACGAGAUUUACAUCGAGAACGAUAAUCUGAGGGUAUCCGUACUGACUGAUAGGUCCCAAGGUGGAACUUCGUUGGAGGAAGGAAGUAUAGAGCUGAUGCUGCACAGGAGAUUACUCCACGAUGAUGCCUUCGGAGUCGACGAGGCUCUGAAUGAAACAGCCAAUGGAAAAGGUCUGGUGAUGCGCGGCAAACAUAGAAUCCUCAUUCAUAAUCCCGAAGAAGACUCUAUCCUGAACGAACGAAUGCAUAUCCUGCAGAUGCAUCUGACUCCGAUUGUCUAUGUGGCUGAUGCGAGCCACGUCAGCCUCUCCGACUGGUUGACUUAUAACAACUGCUUCAAACCGGCCAAGGAACUGCCUCUCGGCUUACAUCUUCUGACCUUGGAGCCCUGGAACGAGAACAGAAUACUCAUCAGAUUGGAGAAUUACAAAGAUGGCGGCGCGAAGUCAAAUAUACAAAUCGACCUAAACGAUAUCUUCACGAAUUUGAAAUUCAAGUCCAUUCGGGAGACGACCCUGGCCGCUAACAGAUGGCUGGACGAAUACGAGAAGUGGCAAUGGGAGAGCGAAGACUUUGUGGACAAUUUCAACGAUGAUUACAACAACUUCGGACCAAAAGUCCUGGCGAAGGACGAUAAUGAUGUAGCGGUGAACGACGGAUUCAAAAUUACGCUCAAAGGUAAACAGAUAAGGACGUUUAUCGCAGAAUACGAAUUGAAAUAAUUUGUAAAUAAAUAUUGUUUGUUCUGAA